AUGGAUUGGCCCAGCACGCGUGUGGCCCAGGGUGGCCUGUUUCAUACGCCCAAAGCACGCUAUACGAAAGAAACUCAGGAUUUGAUUAAAGUUUUAAUGGAAGAAGCAAAAUUGACGAUUCUGCAGCGUAAUAAAAUCAACUAUCAUCUACGCAAUGGGGAACCGUUGCCGGUACCGAAAGAGCCCAAGUUCGAACAGGAGUACAGUAACUUUCUUCCGAUGGCGAUUCCGAGGAAGAAUAUUAAAAAACGUUCGCUCAACACCAUCAUCGAGAGUGGUGCGUUCGAUGUGGAGAAAUACGUACCGCACAAACCGAAAGAACCGAUCGAAAAGUUGAAACUGAAACUACAGGAACAGAUGAGCGGUAUUAAGAUGUUUCCAGACGAUGGUCGACGUCGACGGGUGAUUCGGAGCAAAAGUGAAGGAUGCAUGGACUUUGUGCCACCGGAUCGGGCGAGUGAACUGCUCGACGAAAUCAACGAACGUGUACAGUGGUUGGAGGAGAUGGAAGCACUGGGCGAAGGAAAGAAGCAUCGGGCCACCAUCCAGCUACAGAUAGCGGAAAAACUGAACGAACUGAAGCGGCUCGAUCGGGCAAAGUCGCAGGAAAACGAAAUUUAA